AUGCAAAGUUUUUGCACGGAGUAUUGGCGUCAACGAAACUGGUCUGCAAAUUUUUACAUUGAUGAAUUUACAAUUAUUCUGCAUUCAAUACCAUUUCCAUACGGAAAGCUACAAGACUUAUCGAUCGAUGCUCUUCAGUAUAAUUUUAGUAAUGCUGUCAAUUGGUCGGCAGUUCACUGUUUAACAUAUAAGACGGCUGCAGUAAUAUCGCCACCAUUGUUACAAGCAAUCACAGAGACAUUCAAGAAUUUAACUACACUUGUAUUUGAUUCACAAGUUGAUUUAUCAUAUAGUAAUGUUAUUCUUCAUAAUGUUAAAUCGCUUCAAUUAAACUCUCCAAUGAAAAAAACAUUUCUUAAAUCGAUUUUUUCAAUAACACCAAACGUCAAAAUCUUAAAAAUGGAUGGCACUCAACUUUUAGCUUACACUCCACGUCUUCCAUUGACAAGUCUUCAUGUCAUGGGUGCUAGUAUGAGUCAAUUUCACGGCUAUAUCGUCAAUUAUCCUGCCUUGGAGGUAUUGCAAAUAACUUGUAACUCGAAUACAAAUGCAUCAUGUCAAAUUAGUGUGAUCAAAUUAUUUGACUAUAUGAAGUAUCUGUGUUCUCUAUCAAUAACUGUACGACCAGAUCGUAAUCCAUAUGCAACAGUGCACUCAUCUAGCUCUGUUUUAAAAGAUAUUGCUGAAAGCGUUGGAACGAGUUCAUUGCAGUCCAUUGCAUUUCCAUUACCAGUUGAUAUUCGUGGUUAA